AUAUAUAGAUAAACAUUUGUUGUACAUAAUUUAAAGUCUAUAGUUAUUAGAAUAAUAUUCAACAUGAUAGCCCAUGAUGUGUCUGUAAAGAAUAAAAAGUCACUUAAAAAAGUUUCGGUACAAGUACCGGUGGUCAAGGAAUCGGAAGACAGUGAUUCUAAAGAAUUUGAUGAUUCGGAUGCAGAAAAAGCUGGAACUGAUAGUCCUAAUGAAGAACUGGAAAACAGAAAAAAUAUUACUACCGACGAUGAAACAAGUUCUGGAGCGGAAGGAGAUGAAUCCGAUGCCAACGACGACGAUGAAUUAAAUAAUGUUAAUAGUACAUUGAAUCAAAAUAAUCCUCAUUGGGCAGAUGCUAUGAAAAAGGUUUUAGGUACUAAGAAACCAAAAAGAAAAAAAUCUAUAGUUCUGUCGAAGGCCAAGAAAAUAAAUGAGAUAUUACCAAAGCCUAAAGAAGUAGUACUGCCGUUCGAAAUUGAGACGAACGAAGGUAAAAUAAAAACAGAAACGGUAGAAGUAACGGAAAAAAUUAUAAAAGAUGAAAAUCUUGCCACACAAAAGAAGCAAAGGAGAAAAAUUUUGGGAAAGAAGAUAAGAGUAAAACCAUCUGUAUUGGACAGAGACUACGAAAAACGUUUACAAAAAAUUGCAACUAGUGGAGUUGUUCAACUGUUUAAUGCGGUGAAGCAGCAGCAAAAAGAUAUUGAAAAUAAAAUAAUUGAAGCAGGACCAUUGGAAAGGAAAAGAGAAAAGGCUUUAAAAUCCAUUAACAGACAAACAUUUUUAAAUGUUUUAAUGGGUGGUACUAAUAAUUUGGUAGAGGAUAGUGCAAAAAAACUUGACAAAGAAGACGAACCAAAAAAAGAGAAUGAGGUUUGGAGUGUUUUGAGAGACGAUUUUGUCAUGGGAGCCAAAAUGAAAGAUUGGAACAAGGAUAACAAAAGUUCCGACGAAGAUUCAUCACCUCCGGAAGAAAUGGAUAGUGAUUGAAAAAAAAACUAGAAGUAUAAUUUUAUAAAUUGUAAACUACAGUCAAUAUUGAUA